AUGGAGAAAGCAUUCGGUGACAUGAAGCUGGGGCGCCAGCUGGACAAAGAGGCUUUCUACGGCUACGUUCACGCCGUAUCCGGGCCUGUCGUCACGGCCUCCCAGAUGGCCGGUUCGGCAAUGUACGAGUUGGUGCGUGUUGGUCACGAUAACCUCGUGGGCGAGAUCAUUCGUCUCGAGGGCGACAUGGCCACCAUCCAGGUCUACGAGGACACUUCUGGUGUUACUGUUGGCGAUCCCGUUUUGAAGACUGGCAAACCUCUUUCUGUGGAACUGGGUCCCGGUAUCAUGGGUAGCAUAUUUGAUGGUAUUCAACGUCCACUGCAGGAUAUUCGUCAGCUGACGUCCUCGAUAUACAUUCCCAAGGGUAUCAGUGUGCCCGCCCUGGAUCGCAAGGUAGUGUGGGAGUUUACGCCUAACUCGACCCUCCGACCGGGAAUGCACAUAACAGGUGGGGACAUUUUUGGCUCGGUGUAUGAAAACACCCUGGUGAAUCACAAGCUGAUGCUGUCACCGAAGGCUAUGGGUACUGUGCGAUGGAUUGCGCCUCCGGGCAACUAUAGCAUCACUGACAAGGUACUAGAGACUGAAUAUGACGGGGAGGUGACGGAACAUUCAAUGUUGCAAAUCUGGCCGGUGCGUCAACCACGACCAGUGGCCGAGAAACUACCCGCUAAUUAUCCCCUCCUCACUGGACAGCGAAUUCUCGAUGCCCUUUUCCCCGCCGUUCAAGGUGGUACAACAGCCAUUCCCGGUGCUUUCGGUUGUGGCAAGACGGUUAUCUCGCAGUCCCUCUCAAAGUACUCCAACUCUGAUAUAAUCAUCUACGUGGGGUGUGGUGAGCGUGGCAACGAGAUGGCCGAGGUGCUUCGUGACUUCCCUGAGCUAACAGUGGAGGUGAAUGGCAAGCAGGAGACGAUAAUGAAGCGAACGGCGCUGGUGGCCAACACCUCGAACAUGCCAGUGGCGGCGCGUGAGGCCUCCAUCUACACGGGCAUCACCUUGUCCGAGUACUUCCGUGACAUGGGCUACAAUGUGGCCAUGAUGGCCGACUCCACCAGUCGGUGGGCAGAGGCGUUGCGUGAAAUCUCCGGCCGUCUCGCUGAAAUGCCUGCUGACUCGGGCUACCCUGCCUACCUUGGUGCUCGUCUCGCUAAUUUCUACGAGCGCGCAGGUCGCGUGCGUUGCCUUGGAGGGCCGGAGCAGCGCCAAGGGUCUGUAACCAUUGUCGGUGCCGUCUCCCCACCCGGUGGUGACUUCUCCGAUCCCGUUACCUCGGCCACUCUCGGCAUCGUGCAGGUCUUCUGGGGUCUGGACAAGAAGCUGGCGCAACGCAAGCACUUCCCCAGUGUGAACUGGCUCAUCUCCUACUCCAAGUACGUACGCGCCCUGGAUGAGUACUACGAGCAGAACUUUCCCGACUUCGUCACGCUGCGCACCAAGAUGCAGGAGAUUCUGCAGGAGGAGAAGGACCUUUCCGAGAUUGUCCAGCUUGUCGGCAAGGCGUCACUGGCGGAGUCGGAUAAGAUCACCCUGGAGGUGGCGCGUAUCAUCAAGGACGAUUUCUUGCAGCAGAACGGCUACUCGGACUACGAUAGGUUCUGUCCGUUCUACAAAUCUGUGGGGAUGAUGCGCAACAUUAUUCACUUCUACGACCAAGCGCGAAACAUCGUGGAGGCCACCGCUCAAUCGCCCCGUCGUGUCACCUGGGCCAUCAUUCGCGAGGCUAUGAGCUCCACCCUCUACAAACUCUCCAACAUGAAGUUCAAGAACCCUCGCACUGAGAGUCAGGCUCAAAUUCUAGCUGAUUUCGAUGAACUGAACGAGGAGAUAACAACAGCCUUCAGGAAUUUGGAGGAUCUGUAG